AUGCCGCGCUUCAGACUGACGCCACCGACCGUGGUGUUCCUGCUGCUUCUGCAGGGAGUGGCCGUGGUGCUGCUGUUUGGAUGGUAUGUCCAGCUCCCUUGUGGUAGCCCUCCUUCCCAGGGCAAGGUCCACGUGCUCCUGCUGUCCUCAUGGCGGUCUGGAUCCUCCUUCCUGGGCCAGGUGUUCAGCCAGCACCCGUCUGUCUUCUACCUGAUGGAGCCAUCGUGGCAUGUGUGGACCACUCUGCAGAUGCCUGGAGCCCGGGCACUGCGCAUGGCGGUGAGAGACCUGAUGCGCAGCGUCUUCCAGUGUGACAUGUCUGUCAUGGAUGCCUACACUCCGGCACAGCACAACAUGUCAGCCCUCUUUAUGUGGAGCCACAGCCGUGCCCUGUGCUCUCCACCUGCCUGCCAGCUCACACCCCGCCACCUCUUCAGCAACGAGACAGAGUGCAAGCGGAAGUGUGACAGGCCUGGCCUGCAGGGGGCAGAAGAGGCCUGUCGGACCUACAGCCAUGUGGUGCUCAAAGAGGUGCGCUUCUUUGAGCUGGACUCCCUGUACCCUCUCCUGCAGGACCCCACUCUGGACCUGCGCAUCAUCCACCUGGUGAGAGACCCGCGGGCCGUGGCGCGCUCCAGGGAGCAGUCAGCCAAAGCCCUAGUGAAGGACAAUGCCCUGGUCCUGGAGCAAGGCAACACCAAGGUGGAUGACACACAGUAUCGCGUCAUGCAGGAGAUAUGCCGCAGCCACAUCCGCAUCCACGAGAGGGCCAUGCUCAAACCUCCAGACUUUCUACGUGGACGUUACAAGAUGGUACGCUACGAGGACAUGGUGAGAGACCCCUUGCAAGAGAUCGACAGUAUGUAUCAGUUUGUGGGGCUGGAGAUGACACAGUCGCUACAGGAGUGGAUCUAUAAGGUCACCCACGGUAAGGGCAAGGGCACCAAGAAGGAGGCCUUCCAAAUCACCUCCCGCAACGCAGCAGACGUCUCUCAGGCUUGGCGUACUACUUUACCCCAUGACAAGGUAAGGAACAUCCAGGAGGUGUGUAAGGGCGCCAUGUCUUUGCUGGGGUAUAGGACCGUUGACAGUGAGAAAGAACAGAAGAAACUUGACGUGGACCUUCUGACUCCCCGUGAACGAUAUCACUUCAGCUGGCUCCCUUCCAAAACUGGCAAUACGAACAAUGAGUAG